UCAACGGAAUCAUUGUUAGCAGACGUACACUUAAGAGGGUCCUGAAAAGAAAGAGUCUAUAUCGCCGUGGAAAACAUAGUGACAUUGUUGACAUUGCCCUUUUUUUAACGGAGCAACAGCAGGUUUCUGGGAAAUGUUUUGGGUACAAAAUGAUGCAUUUGAAAUGUAUACAGAAUGGACUAGUUGUUACACAGGAGGUUGUGAGGCAGCUCAUGCAGAUCAUCGAUCCCCAAGGUGUGAAACUGCGACGUCGUCAUCGUCUCCUGAGACGAGAAUACUUCAACUAUGGACCAAACUUUCUUUGGCAUAUGGACAGUUAUGACAAACUCAAGCCAUAUGGGAUAUGCAUCAACGGCGCAAUCGACGGUUUCUCUCGAUAUAUUGUUUGGUUAGAAGCUCACAAAACAAGCAGUGAUCCCAGGCUUAUUGCCGGAUACUUUUUGCAAGAAGUGAGAAGGCGGAAAGGUUGUCCAACUCGUAUUAGAGCGGAUAAAGGUACCGAAAAUGGUCAUGUGAGGGACAUGCUGUCAUUCUUACGACGUAACGAUCAAGAUCAAUAUGCAAAUAAUUGUUUCUUGGUUGGAUCGAGCAAUCACAAUCAAAGAAUUGAACAAUGGUGGGGCACUUUACGGAAGAUGAAUUGUCAGCAUUGGAUUGAUACCUUCGAGAUCUUGAAAGGAAUGGACCUCUUUGUUGGAGGCUUUCUCGACAAAUCCUUGAUUCAGUUUUGUUUCAUGGACUUGAUACAGUCUGAAUUAGAUGAGGUUGUGAAACUCUGGAACACACAUAGAAUAAGAUCAUCGAAACACCUCCAGGCUCCAGGUGGGAAACCGGUUGUCAUGUAUUCAUGUGCUGAUCUGUAUGACGCACAUGACUAUCUGCGUGAAGUUUCAGACCAAGAAGUUGACUUGUGUGUGCAACAGAGUCGCCCGAAAGGGCCGUUCUGCUGCGACGAGACCGUGUUCGAAAUCUGCCAGCUAUUAAUGGAAGAACAUGGACGACAAAACCCAACUUGUAUGGAAAACGGAAUCCUGUUGUAUCAGUUUCUUAGGCGGGAAAUACGAAACGAAAUUGACUAA